AUGUAUGAACGCAUAAUCAUUGGACAAGCCGCAACCAAUUAUAUUGUUAAAGUAAAUAGAAAAAAUUUAACCGAAUUAUCAAGAGCCGAUGUAAAGACAGUUGAGUUGUGUGGACUGAGUCAAACUUUUGCAUACGUGAAAGAUAGCAGCGUCAACGCCACGAUGAAUAAUAUGUUAUUGUUCUUAAAACAUGACGCCUAUCCUUUGGCGGAGACUAUUUUAAAUAACUUGAAAAAAAUAUUUGCUCGCAUGUCUUCCAUUUCUUACAUUACAUUCAACUCUUCGAAAAUGGAAAAUAUGAAUGAUUUUAAUUCAACCCUGAAAAAUCGUAGUUUCAGCCUCAAAACUAACAGCAACAGCUCUGAUGAAAAUAAAGAAGCGUUUAAUUUGACGACAGGAAAUGCUUUCAUCGUGUCAGUACAUUGGAGGAAGGGAGAUUUUCUACACCAAUCGCAAGUUGAUUAUGGACUUACAACAGCUGACAUGACUUAUUUUGAAAGGGCCAGCAAUUAUUUCAUCCGGAAGUUUAAAACAGUUUUGUUUCUUAUUAUAUCUGACGAUAUGGAAAAUGUAAUCAAAGGUUUCAAGGCUAACGAAAGGCUACAACAUAACUCAUCUGUGAAAUAUAUGUUUUUCCAUGAUAGUAUCGCUCAAGAUUUCGCCAUAUUAUGUCGAAGUAAUGGUUUAAUAAUAUCGACAGGAACGUUCGGAUGGUGGGCUGCAUGGUUCAACAGCAAAGCACAAACCAUCUACUACAAAGAUUAUCCUCGCGUGGGAUCGUCUCUGGACAAAAAUCUUAACCGAUCAGCAUACUAUCCAGAGCAUUGGAUUCCUAUGUAG